AUGGCAAAAGUAGAAAGCGAGGAAGUGGUAUUGUUAAUGGUGGGCAGGACAGGCAGUGGUAAAAGUUCAACAGGAAACAGAUUACUGGGGUCAGGAAAAUUCAAACCAGCAAGUACUUCGGACAAACCAGAGGAUCAUCAGGUAAUGAAAGGUGAAGGUCAUGUUGGUGGUGUCAGACUGACCGUUGUGGACGGGUCGAGGAUUGGCGACACGGGUGAAGACAUGCCUGGAGGUAUCAAGGAAGCCGAAAAACGGAAAAAGGAAGCUUUAGAACUCUGUAAAGGCAAAUUUAACGCUUUAGUGUACUGUUUAAAGUACGGAGAGAGGUUCACAAAACAGGAACAGGACGCUGUAGCUCACGUUAGGAGUUUGUUUCACACAGAUGUGUUUUCUAAACACGGUAUCAUAGUGAUGACACACGGGGAUAACUUUGAUGGGAGCACAGAACAUUUUAAAGAAUGGUGUAAGCAACAGGAGGGGGAAUUUAAAAAUCUGUUUGAUGAAUGUGAAGAGAGGUGUGUUCUUUUUAAUAAUAAAAGUCCGGACGGAGGGAUGAUUGAUAAUGUAAUUAAAACAGCUAAACUCUUAAAACUUUAUAGAAAGAAAAAACAUGCAUGCCGAAUUCAUUUUCAAAGAAAAGAAAGGAAAUAA